AUGUCUCUUCAAACCCCCCGCAUUCUCCCCUCCCACCUCCACGCCUUCCACCCCUCCAACGCUGGCUCGCACACCACAUACACCGUGCGUUUACUCGGCACCGUCACCGCGCUCCACGGUAGCACUGGAACCCUCACCUGUGGAAACAAUGGCGAUGUCACACUUAUCUUGAAGUCCGAUGCGCGUCUGCAAGUCGGCAAGCUUGUUGAGGUCGUUGGUAAAGUGGCUGAUCUUGAGGGUGGCCAGGGAUACGGACUUCGUGUUUUGGGCUCUACGGAGUGGGGUGACCCUUCUACUUGUGAUUACAAAAUCUAUGAACAGGUCGUCAAUGCUACGCAUCGCUUCACAAGCAUCUUUUACAACGUCGAGUAA